ACCUCGAUUUGUUUCUACUUCGAAACCUAGAUGCACAAGUGAGGGCUUCAAAAUGUUCAAAAAAAAGUCCAGGAGAGUUUUUCGACAGAGAAAAGGAGACUCUAGUGAUGAGGAGGAAACACCGGUGAACAGGUCGGACGGAGCCGGGUCAGAGAAGGCAGCGAUUGUGGCCUGUAAACCGUCCAGAUUAGGUCACUCCCGUGGGAUAUCGUGCAGUUCAAAGCGGGAAGCGACUCCGUCGAACGUGGAUGAUGGUGACGGAGAGGACGUGGAGAUAUCCGAACGGACGAUAGACACCGACGAAAAUGUGAAAGACAAUUAUGACAUCAAGACGAAAACGAGCACCGUCCUCAGUUUCUCUGACGACAAAGAAUCUCUGGAACCCGAGUUUAAACUAAAGAAGUCGGUUGAUAAAGCUGUGUUGUUUCAAAUAAGGAAAAAGGAAGCUCUACCUGCCAAAGACAACCACAACAAUGAACCAAAGGGUAUCCUCACAUCUGCCUCUCCCAGGCAAGAUGAUGACAGCCAAGCAUCACCACAUAGUUCUCACCAAAGUGAUAACAAUGAUGAGGCGGUGAAUGAUGAUGAUGAUGAUGAUGAUGAUGAUGAAGGUGAAGAUAAGGAAGCUGCCAGUUCCUCUUCAUCUAGCUCAAAAUGCAGCUACUCUGCUGUAAAACCAGUUGUGAUCCCCAAUGCCAGGGCCAUUGAAGCAGCCAAGAGGCAGCGGCGCAACAUUCGAGCCCAGAAAGAUUUCAUCCCUCUAGACAAAGGUGGCCGCAGCUCCACCGGUAGCACCCCAGAGCGCUACCACAAGGAGGAAAUGGAGGAUGAUGAUGAUGAUGAUGAAGACAGGGUUGACGGUGAUGAUGACGAGCCAGAUGAUCACGAGAAAAGAAUUGAGUUUGCCCCAGGAUUAAAAAGUGUGAAGGAGAGGAUCGCGGAGAAACUUGGAAGUGUUGGCAGUCUGUCAGGGAGUGACGAAGAGGAGCAGGAGCUUUGGGAGGAGACACAAAUUGGGAAGGGAGUCAAGAGACGACCUGGCAGACUGAGCCCGUCUGGCAGUGAGUCAAGCAGCUACAUCAGCAGGAGCUUCCAGCACAAUGAACAUCAAAGACAAAAGAAGAAAUCAAUAGGGCUGAAGAUCCCAAAGACGCUUCCCUCUGUCACUGUCUCAAUGGUUAAGAGGAGGAUCACUUUAAAACUGGACUCCCUGAAGGAAGUGCACAGUGCACGGCGUGCCGAGCUAAGUCGAAUGGAGGGAGAUGCCGAGAGUGCUAAAACGUCUGUGGAGUCUCUGGAGGAAAGCUCCUCAGAGAAACAGCUGAAGUUUUACAGACAUAUGACCCUCUUUGCCCACAACUUGUUGGAGUGUCUGCGGGAGAAAGUUGUUGAAAUCAACUCAUUGGAGCUGGAGCUGCACACGUUACUUUCUAGCCAGAUGGAGGCGCAGUGUGCCCAGAGACGACAGAAGAUCCAGGAGCAUGCCCAGCACCUGCAGCAGCUCAGCUCUGUAGGCAACUCCAGCAAUGGAGUUAAGACACAGAGUGUGGCAGGCACCAGUGAUAAAGCUGUGGAAGAGCAGCUAUAUAAUAUACCUACAGACACACAGCCUACAAGUGAGGAGGAAGAAGAACUGGAAAAGGACACAGCUGGCAUCUUGCUGAAGUCCCAGGAGGUAUUUUCUGACGUUCACGACGACUUUCAUGAUGUCAAAAGGAUUUUGUCCCGCUUUGAGGAAUGGAGAAGCUUUUAUUCGGACUCUUACCACAGUGCCUACAUCUUUCUGUGUCUCCCAAAGUUGCUUAACCCCAUCAUAAGGCAUCAGCUGCUUGGAUGGAACCCUCUAAAGGAUACCAGCACAGACUUUGAAAAACUCCCAUGGUUCACUGCAGUGGAGACCUUUUGUCAUGGCCACGGUCACGAGGAGUUGGAGCACUUGGACAGAGAAAUGCUUUCUAAUGCCAUUGAAAGGACAGUCAUACCCAAAAUAACAGCCUUUGUGGAGCUAGUUUGGGACCCCAUGUCCCUCCAUCAGUCAGCCCGUCUAACUGAACUUUGUCAUCAGCUGAGGGACGACUAUUCAAUCUUUGAAGGAGAGCAGAGUAAGCCGGUCACGACACUCAUCAAGGCUGUGAUUGGCCGACUCAGGAGCUGUGUAGAUGAAGAUGUUUUCAUCCCGCUCUACCCCAAAAAACUCCUAGAGGACAGUUUGUCUCCUCAGAGUCGGUUUAGUAACCAACAGUUCUGGAUGGCCAUUAAGCUGCUAGGAAACAUGGGGAAAUGGGAUCCACUGCUGCCCGAUUCUGCGCUGAAGGAGCUGAUGUUGGACAAACUGCUCUGCCGAUACCUGACGAUCACCCUUUGCAGCCAAACACUGUCAAAGGAUGACCUUCCUGCAUGCAAAAAAAUCGCAGACAGCCUGCCAACCAGUUGGUUCAGAGGAGAGAAUGAAUGUUUGCCUCAGCUCCAGUCCUUCAAAAACCACCUUGUUCAGAAAGCUCACAACAUUUGUAAACAACAACCUCCAGACACAAGGCUUGCAGUGGUUGAAGUGUUGCAAAUUCUGAGUAGAAUCCGAUGCCACAACUCCAUCAUGAGCAUAGCUGAAAAAUACCACUAUGAGGAUGUCAUCUACUCUCAUCAGCUGCUCAAGCAAGAGACAGAAUGAACAUUAGAUGAAGCACAGAUUCUCACGGACUGUAUUGUUUGCAAAUAAAUGUGCUGACAAGAGAAACAAAAUGGUAAAAAUUGAAGGCUUAUCACUGCCAAGAGAAAUGGUGUGAGCCGGAAAUGUUCAGACAACUCAGUGAUCAUGUGGUUAUCAUCAGCAAUUCACUGCUUCUA